UUAGAAAAGAAAUUACCAAUAGAAACGUUCCUUAUGAGACGUAUCCAACCGAAAUCUUCAACAAGUCGAGUUUUCGAGUAGACAUUUGCAGCGACCAAAGUGCCGCCAAACGGAGCCCUCGGAGGCCGGAGCUAAGAAGCAAAAGCAAGUCAAUUGCCCCCCACCCUCCCCACUAUAUAUUAUACAAGCAUCUCUCUUUUGUUAAAUUCCCAAAUUGCUCUUUCUCAAAUCAAAUCAAGAAUCACUGUUUUUCUUACGGAGCUCUGUCUAUGGCGAUCUUGUUGUAAUGCCAAUGUAAUUCCAAACCCCUUGUUGGGGUUUAUUGGAUUCAUUUGUGGAAUCACUCCGAUCUGCUCUGAGAAGUAAAAUUCAUUCCCCAAUUUUUAAAUGACGAUGAGGGUUUCUUUCAAGGUUUCGAAGAGAGGUUGUCGCCCAAAACCUAAACCUGAAACGCCUACAGUUGGCGAUGUCGACGCUCCUCCUGAAAUUCCCAAAAACCUGUCAGUUAUUGCUGCUACAAAACCAUCGGUUAAUGUCACUGAGGAUAACAAUGAGGAUGCUGAAAUUUCAGAUUCAGAAAUUUCUUUCUUCAUAAGCCUCUUCCCAGAUGGAUAUUCCAUUGGAAACCCCUCUGAGAACCGUAUUGGGCAUCAAGUCACUGUACAAGAUGAUCCAAAAUUUUUGCACCCAUACGAUCGCACAUCAGAAAGCCUAUUCUUGGCUAUAGAGCGAGGCCUGUUACCUGCAGAUUUCUUGGAUGAUAUACCAUGCAAGUUUUAUAAAGGAGCAGUUGUAUGUGAGGUGCGUGAUUACAGGAAUUGUGGUUUUGAAGCAGGAGUUAAUGGUUCGUCUGCAGACAUGUCUCCUUUAACUACAAAACUACGCCUUAAAAUGUCAUUGGAGAAUGUUGUGAAGGACAUUCCUUUAAUUUCUGAUAGUUCUUGGACUUAUGGUGAUUUAAUGGAAGCCGAAGCACGUAUACUGAAAGCCCUACAACCAAAGCUGAAUCUUGAUCCGACUCCUAACCUAGAAAGACUCUGUAAAACUCCAACUUGUGCAAAGCUGAACUUGAAUAUACCAGAUCUUCGAAGAAAGAGAUUGAGACAGAUGGCAGGAGCUGUUUCUGGAUCUGAUAAUCAAAUCCAAGGAAAGAAGGUUUGCAUGGACAGAAUCCCAGAAAACUCAAAUUCUGGUCAAAUGAUGCAGCAGCAAUCUGAUCUUGUGAAUCUGAGUAGCCAAAACAUGGGUCCAAACAAUAUGAUGACAUCAGCAUCUCCUUCAUUGUCUUAUCAAUCGAAAUGUCAAAUUGGUGCUGGAAAUCCUAUGUUUAGUGCAGCAGGAGCUUCUCCUGGGCAGGAGAUGAUGAAUUCGUAUGGGGACAAUAUGAACCCAAAUAUGUCUGGGAAGAGGGAAAACCAAGAUGGUGGACAGCUGUCCCCUAUGGGUAGUUUGAAAAGAGGUAGGUCAAAUCCCAUGGGUCUUGAUGUUAGUCAACAGCAACAGAUAACCGGAUCACACAUGGAUGGAUUCAAUGUACCAGAAUCCCAGUGGAAAAAUUCACUCAUGCAACAACAACAACAACAAGGGAGAGGGAUUCAGUUACCUAAUACUAAUCCUGGAAUCCAAAAGUAUCCUCAACAAAUGUUUGAUGGAGGGUUCAAUCAGGACCCGUUUACAAUGGGUCAGCCCAGAAUGAGAUACAAUCUGAAACAAGAACCGCUUGAGUCUGAAAAACCCAAGUAUGAGAUGCCACCUCAACAGUUUGCAAGAUCAAGUUUCCCACCAACUCCAUGGAACAAUCUUGGAAAUUCACUUGAUAAUUCAAGAAAGGAAGAAAAUUUCCAAAGAAGAAAAACGGUCCAAAGUCCACGUGUUUCCUCCGGAACUUUACCUCAAUCUCCUCUGUCAUCAAAAUCAGGGGAAUUUUCAAGUGGGUCUCUGGGUGGCCAGUAUGGUGUACCUCCAAGGGAAAAAUCAGCAGUUAACUCACUUCCCACAGUGGCAGGAUCUUUGACCUCUAAUGCUCAAAUGGCAUCCAGGAGGUCAAACUCCCUCCCUAAAACCCCUGCCAUGAGUGGGGUCGCAUCUCCUGCUAGUGUUGUGAGUGGGCCCUUUAAUGCCUCCAGUCCUCUUGUUGGAAAGGAAGCUGAUAAAAGCAUGCGUGAUCGGUUCUCCAAAAUUGAAAUGUUGACUCUCAGAUAUCAACUCAAUAACAAAAAGAACAAGGUUGAUGAGUACAAAAAGUCAACUGCUUUUCCCACUCAACAACUCAAUCAUCAUUUAUUCGAUGAUCACAACGCUGAGAAUCCCAAAGAUGAAGCCUUUAAAAUGCCUCUGUCUAAAUCACUCGUGGGAGGGAGCAUGAAUGUUUGCAAGACUAGGGUUUUGAACUUUCUCCAGACCGAACGUGUACUUCAAGGAAAUGGAUAUUCACUAGUGCCAAAGUCAAGAACCAGAUUGAUUCUGUCAGAGAAACGAGAUGAUGGUAGUGUAGCAAUGCAUUAUGGUGAAAUGGAUGAUUGUGAUUAUUUAGGAGCAGAAGAAUGUCUUCCUACUCUUCCAAAUACUCAUUUUGCAGACUUGCUUGCAUCCCAAUUCUGCACGCUGAUAACACGUGAAGGUUAUCAAGUGGAAGGCGAUCAUUUACAACCAAAACCAACAAACACUGUUCGAUCAUCCAUUGAACAAUCUAAUAAUAAUAAUAAUGCAGCAGUGACAGCAGCAUCAGGUGGUGAAAUGCAACAAAUCCCGGAAUCAGGUUCCGUUUCCGGGCAGCUGUCUAAUGAAGUUGCAAAAGCAUCAUCUGAUAACGUGUCAAUGUCAAUGAACCAAUCAACACAGAACAUGACAGGUGGCAGGAUGCACCCUCCUCAAGGUGGAAUGUUGCCACAAUCGAGACCUCUUCAAUCGGAAUCACAACCCUCUUUCCAACAACAACAGAAUCAGCUAAUGCAACAGCAGUUUCAAAGAUCAUCUGCCAUGAUGCUUGCAUCAAAUCCAUUAUCACAUCUAAACGCAAUGGGACAGAAUUCAAACAUGCAACAGUUAGGCCACAUGCUUAACAAAGCAACACCACUCCAGAUUCAGCUUCUACAGCAACAACAACAACAGCAACAACAGCAACAGCAACAACAACAACAACAGCCUCAGAUGCAGCAAAGGAAGCUGAUGAUGGGACUUGGAAACACCGGAAUGGGAACGGGAACAGCUGGAAACAACAUGGUGGGGCUUCAAGGGAUGGGGAAUGUGAUGGGUCGUGGCGGGACCCCGCCAAUGACAGGGGCGAUUUCGGGAAUGGGACAAAACCCGAUUAAUAUGAACCAGGCUUCGAGUUUUAGUAAUGUGAUAAGUCAGCAACUUCGGAAUGGAAUGAUAACGCCGGCUCAGGCUGCUAUUAUGACAACGAAGCUGAGAAUGGCACAUAGUAGGAACCUGUUGGGUGCGGGUGGAGGGCAAAAUAGUAAUAUCACUGGAUUGCCUGGUGGGAACCGACAGGUCCAUCCAGGGUCGAGUAACUACUCGAUGCUGGGUCCCACUAUGAACCGUGCUGCUAACACCAUGAGCCCGAUGCAACGAACCGCUAUGGCCCCACCAAAGCUGAUGUCAGGGAUGAAUGUCUACAUGAAUCAACAACAGCAACAGCAACAGCAGCAACAACAACAACAGUUGAAUGUUCAACAACAACAGCAGCAACAACAGAUGCAGCAAAUGCCAGCUCAGCAGCAGCAGCAAGAGUCGACAUCACCGUUGCAGGCGGUACUUUCGCCACCUCAGCAGCAAGUGGGGUCACCGGGGAUGGGAGUGGGACAGCAGCAACAGGCGAGUCCGCAGCAGAUGAGUCAGCGGACUCCGAUGAGUCCACAGCUGAGUUCAGGUGGGAUCCACCCUCCGAUGACAAUGAGUGGAGGUGGAGGGGGAGGUGGUCAGGAGGGUAAUUGUCCCGCAAGCCCCCAGUUGAGCUCACAGACAAUGGGGUCUGUUGGUAGUAUCAAUAAUUCACCAAUGGAGAUGCAGGCUGUCAACAAGAGUAGCUAA